GGAGUUAGGGGGUAUGGUGCAGGUAUAAGAGAGGGGACUCACUAGGGGUGCAACGUGCACAGUCAACACAAUGGCAAUGCUCUUGCUCGUCAGCUGUUUGGCUCUGGUGGCCUCCACGUUGGGAUGUGGUGUGCCCGCCAUCAAGCCCCAAGUGAGCGGAUACAACAAGAUUGUAAAUGGAGAGAAUGCUGUGUCAGGGUCCUGGCCCUGGCAGGUGUCCCUUCAGGAUGGCAGCGGAUUCCACUUUUGCGGAGGAUCUCUGAUCAACCAGUACUGGGUUGUCACUGCUGCCCACUGCCGUGUGUCAGCCGGUCGUCACCGUGUAAUCCUGGGAGAGCAUGACCGUCAGUACAACAGCGAGCCAAUUCAGGUCAAGUCAAUUGCCAGGGCCAUCACUCAUCCUUACUACAAUGCCCAGAACUUCAACAAUGACAUCACCUUGCUGAAGCUGUCCUCCCCAGCACAGAUGACUGCCCGCAUAUCUCCCGUGUGUCUGGCCUCUUCAAGCACAAACAUCCCCUCUGGAACCCGUUGUGUCACCACUGGCUGGGGAAGGACUGGACAGACCUCGAGCCCUCGUUUCCUGCAGCAGACAGCCCUUCCCCUGCUCAGCCCUGCACAGUGCAAGCAGCACUGGGGUAACAACAGGAUCACUGAUGCCAUGAUCUGUGCUGGUGCAUCUGGGGUGUCCUCCUGCCAGGGCGACUCUGGAGGCCCCCUGGUCUGCGAGAAUGGAGGAGUGUGGUCCCAGGUGGGUAUCGUGUCCUGGGGCACCAGUAACUGCAACGUGCGGGCCCCUGCAGUGUACUCCCGCGUGUCUUAUUUGCGCCGCUGGAUCGACCAGACUGUUGCGUACAACUAAACUGACACCACGCAUGACAUCUGUAAUGACUACGUGCACCUCACACCUGCUCCUCUUCCUGCUGUUCACGGGACUGGUGGGGAAGUUUUACAUGAUGCCUCGACAUAAGCUGCCUCAAGGACGCUGUUAUUAAUUGUAAAUAACUUUCAAUGGUAACGUCCACCGUGCUGCUAUGUUUGGUGCAAUUUUGAUUAAAGCAUGUUUGAGGUAAAACUACUGAAACCACAGGCUUUUGUGCUUUGCAUAUAUAUAUAUAUAUAUAUAUAUAUAUAUAUAUAUAUAUAUAUAUAUAUAUAUAUAUAUGGAAA